CUCCAGAUCCACUCACACCUCGUCCCCUUAUUUGUACGGUUCUAAAGAGAUUGAAAGUGGUUGUUGUAAUAAAAAACCAAAACAGACGCAAGGGGUAAAAUCGGAAAGAAGCAUUCAAAUGGCCGCCGUGAGUAGCUCGUCGGAGACAGGAGGCGGUGGUGGUGGCACCGGCACCGCGGAGAAGGGAGAGAUCAUGCUGUUCGGAGUCAGAGUCGUUGUCGAUCCGAUGAGGAAGUGUGUGAGUUUGAACAAUCUCUCUGAUUACGAGAAGUCUUCACCCGAUGAGGAGAUCCCCAAGAUCGGAGAUGGAGAAGCUGAUGUGACAGCCGCCGCCGCCGGAUACGCCUCCGCCAAUGACGCCGUCCAGAUUCCGUCGUCCGGAAACCGCGAGAGGAAACGAGGAAUAGCAUGGACUGAAGAUGAGCACAAGAGGUUCUUGCUUGGUCUGAAAAAAGUAGGCAAAGGAGAUUGGAAAGGGAUCUCUAGAAACUUUGUCAAGAGCAGGACGCCUACUCAGGUAGCUAGUCACGCUCAGAAAUACUUCCUCCGCCGGACUAACCUCAACCGUCGCCGGAGAAGAUCUAGCCUUUUCGACAUCACAACCGAGACCGUCACAGGAAUGCACAUGGAGCAAGAUCAGGGGCAUCAUCCUCAGGACGUCUCAUCACUACCUGAAACUAACAUCUGCUCUGGACAACAAGCUAUGCAAGUUUUUACUCAAGUUGCGGUGGUGCCGACAAGAACUGAGAACGCACCACAGAUUGUCCCAGUAACCUUCCAAGCAAAUCCUCCGUUCAAUCUAAACACAGAUGCUGCGGAGGUUCCUGCUCCGCUUUCUCUCAACCUUUCUCUGUCUUUUAAUAACCUCAACGAACAGUCCAACUCAAGACAUUCGGCUUUCACCAUGAUGCCAAGCUUCAGUGAUGGAGAUAGCAAUAGCAUCAGAGUUGCUUAGACCUAAUAGCCAAGGCCUUACUUUUGUCUUGGAAAAAAAGAACAAUCAGGGGAAACAACAGAGGAAAGGGCUUUAGAGAUGGACGAACUGUUGUUUAGGGGUUCUUCAUCAUCUAUGUUUUGUAUUGUUUGUAUUGUUUGUAAAACGUUGCUCUCUCCGUAUGUGUGGUUUGUUUUGUGGUAUGUAAGUUAAAAGAAGCUGUGACCCUCUCAUGUGGCCCAUCUCAAUCAAUGGUUGGUGAAUUAUGGGGCUUUUGAUAUAUCUUAUCUUUUGGGGAUAAGCUAAAAUGUAUGUAUGUGGUUCAUCGAAUAUCUUAUCAGGAUCACCUUUAAUAUACCAUAAUAAUGUAAUGUUGCCACUUCGACUU